UGCAGCAGGUUGAGAUCAUGGGGCUGUAUUACAUCAUGACGAGAAUAGAUUGGGUAAAUGCUCAGAAUCUUUUACCCAGGGCAAUUCAGACAAAUUCAAAUUGGUUUCUAAGUUAAUUUGGGGGAGAAAAUUUGUAAAGUUAAACAACAGGUUAUAAUGCAGAAUUGUUGAUUGCUUGGCCAUAAAUGCAAACAGUGCAGUAGAAAGUGAAAAUCAGACUGCACUGUUAAAACGGAGAGGUGUAGACGCUCGAAACUGCAGAUGAUGUGUCUGAGAUGUUGGUUGACCCACUGAAUUACUUCAGCACUUUGUGUGUUUCUUUGUGUUAAACCGAGAGUCAAGACUGUUUUAUUGUCAGCGGAGAUAUGUCCACAAGACAAUUUCAAUAAAAAACAUAGACAAUAAUGCUGCUAAAUUAAAAGUAAUGCCCCCAAAUCUAUACUGUGCUGAGCCUAUGUGGUUGUUGUAGUGUUUAGAAACUGCAGAAGGGUGUGAAGAAACGUCUCCUAUCCAUGUUUUCCAGCACUUUGUAUGUUUUUUCUGUGUUAAAACAAACUCGGAAUAAAGGGUCUGAAAAAGGGUCCCGACCCCAAAUGUUGCCUGUGCAUGUUCUCCAGAGAUGCUGCUUGUCCUGCUGAAUGACUGCAGCACAUUGUGUGUUUCCCUGUGUGAAACAGACUUGGAACAAGCUAGUCCUCCACCCGAGGUGGCGAUCCAAUGUAACGCAAGGGCUGAACACGCCCGCAGCUUGUGGACUCUUGUUCGCUGGCUGGGUUCGUCUGCAAGGGGAGCAGCCCAGCGCUGGCAGCGGGCAGUGGUGACAGCCGGGGCUCGGCGAUGGGUCCGGGCUGCGGCUCCUUCGCCCGCGGGGGCUCGGGCUAAGUUCGGACCAUGCGUUUCCACGGCUCUGCCAACGUCCGGCUCUGCUUCCUGCUCGCCCUCAGUCUCUGCACCUCGCUGCUGCUGUUGGUGGGGCUCCAGCAAUGGGCACGCCAGGACCUGCUAGCCUCCAUCCCCUGGAGGUCCGGCAAUGCCACCCGGCUCAGGAGCUCCUUGCACGGGCAGGGACUGGCUGCGACCUCCGCCGGGAGCUCCAGCACUCGUCCCAGCCCUAUCCCAACAAGGGGACCCCCCUGGCACCAAGUGGCCGAGGCACUCAGAGGUUCCCAGAACAGCCUCGAGGAGAAGGAGCCUCCAUGGAGAGAGAGGGCUGGGGUUACACCAGAGGAGGAGGCAGCUCUGCUGCUAUGGGACACCCCCCUUCACCGCCCCGGCUCCGGAAAACACAACGUGAAACUCAGUGACAUCUUUAUUGCGGUGAAAACCACACGGAAGUAUCACAAGGCCAGAUUGGAUCUGCUCUUUCAGACCUGGAUAUCUCUGGUCCAGAACCAGACAUUUAUAUUCACGGAUGGCGAGGAUAAAGAAUUGCGGGCAAAGGCUGGAGGCAACAUGAUCAAUACUAACUGCUCUGCUGCAUAUACACGCCAAGCACUUUGCUGUAAGAUGUCUGUGGAGUAUGACAAAUUCAUUGAAUCUAAAAAAAAAUGGUUUUGCCACUUUGAUGAUGAUAAUUAUGUAAAUAUUCGAAGUCUGGUCCACCUGUUGUCCACAUAUUCGCACACCCAAGAUGUUUAUAUUGGCAGACCAAGCCUUGAUCACCCUGUUGAAGCUUUGGAGAGGGUAAGGAGUGGUGGGUCGACCUCUGUGAAGUUUUGGUUUGCUACGGGCGGUGCUGGCUUCUGCAUCAGCCGUGGGCUGGCAUUGAAAAUGAGUCCCUGGGCCAGUUUUGGGAACUUUAUCAGCACGGCGGAGAAGAUCCGUCUGCCAGACGACUGUACGAUCGGCUACAUCAUCGAGGGCCUGCUGGAGGUGAAGAUGAUCCACAGUGACCUGUUCCACUCCCACCUGGAAAACCUGCAGCAGCUCCCUGCUCCCACCAUCCUCAAACAGGUUACCUUGAGUUACGGGAAUUCAGACAUGAAGCGGAACGUGCUGAGAGUCCAGGGCCCCUUCAGCCAGGUCGAGGACCCUUCAAGGUUCAAAUCUAUACACUGUCUCCUGUAUCACGAUGUCUGGUGUCCCCCAGAAGAUGGAGAGUGAUCGGCAGAACGAGUUGUGCCUCUUUUUUUUCCACCAGCUGAUUUACUUUUGGAGAAACUUCCGUGGAGGGGGAAUCGAAGGGCCUCCUUUUAUUGGGAAGGAAAAGUGUGACGCUGCGGGAGGUGUGAUGCAGGAAUUGGACCAGAGAUUAUUCCUGGAUGAGCUGCACAUGUUCUGUAAAACAACUAAAUCUUGAUCUGCCAGAGACAAAAUGUCAUUUCUGUCCAUUGGAUUUGUGGACUAAAACGAACCGUGAGAAAGCUGAGUGCCAAAGUGCGAGACUUAUCGCAUCAAAACCGAACCUACUCUUCUGUGUGUGAUGAUGACUUGAAAUUUGAUCUCAAUGCAAUGACUUGGAGUCACUGAAGAUCACCACUCCUCACAUUUCUGUUUGCUGGGUACACAAAUAUCUGCUGCAAAAUGUUGAAGACUUUUGCCAACCUGCUCACAUUGGAAAUGUAGACUCUGUUCACUCUGUGUGUUUGCUGUGUGCAAUAUGUUCAAGGAUUUCAAAUUGGCUGUGUUGGGCAUGCAGUUCUCUGCUGUGUCAGUUAUGCAGUACUCUGCAGUCAAACUCUGCAUUUGCAGGGAUGCAUUGUUGUAACAGUUACAUCUCCAUGAGAUGGUGGUUUCCUAGUGGUGAAUAUCACUGUGGCUUCACGGUGCCAAACAGUGUCAUAAUUUGAGGGAUAUUUGCCACUGAGUCGCUGAAAUGAGCAGACUGACAAGGUAGCAUUCAGUUCAAAUGUGGACCUAAAUUUGUACUGAGCAAACACAAUUUUAGUUACUGAAUGGUCAGGUAAAACGAUUUGAUUACUCCGGUAAAAAAAUCGUCUUGCUUCUUAAUGAAAUGUGUUGACACUACCAGCACAGUAUUACGGUACCACUGCAAUUCUAAAUAACUUGUUUAGUUCUCUGUUUCGCCUAUCGAGCCAAAGACAAAACCUUGUUUUUAAUGAUUUGUUUAAAACAAAGUAUGACUAAUCCACACUGAACAAUCAUUUCCCUCUGGAAUUACUUCAGCUCAGUAAGGGUGGAAUCGUUUAAACAGAAUUUAUUUUUUGGAUAUACUAUGAUUUCUGAAAUUGCAAGUAAAAUAAUUACUGGUACUUACUUUCCACCUUGAAAUGAUGAAGAGAAAGGACUGUGUAUGCGGAACGAUGCACAGAGCUAUCUAAAUAUUCCCGAGGUUUCUCUAGUUUUUAAAUUCUCAUCUCAGUUAAUCAGAAAAAUGUAAAGUGAUGGAGUAACUCAGCAGGUCAGGCAGCAUCUCUGGAGAACAUGGAUUGGUGAUAUUUUGGAUUGGGGCCCUUGCUUCUUUGCUCCCAUAGAUGUUGCCUGAUCCACUGAGUUGCUCCAGCAUUUUUUUUUGCUCCAGAAUUAUGCAGUCUUUUGUGUCUUCAAUCACAGUUGUUUUGUCAUCUGACCACCCUUGUUCCUUCACGAUGUGGGUAGAUUAAUCCCACCACUCCUGGUAUCAGUCCUCCACUAUCAUCGAACCAGAACUUCCAACUCUGGGUCGAAGAUCAUCUUGAUGGAGCAAAAUUGACCUUCCAGUUUCCAGCCACUAGUAGGUCCACUUAUGUGUGACUCUGACAGUGACUCUCCUUGAAUGCUACACCCCUGCAGCGAGACUGUAACUUCGGUAAGUACCAGCUGUAACCCACAAAUAUACGGACUUCAAGCCUUGGGGGUUGCAAUGUCUACUCUGUUUCGGUAAAAUACUGGGCUGAAGUUCACAGCUCGGGCGAGAAAGCUGCCGCUGUGGUAAACAACUUCAUUUUGAAUAAAGGGAACAUUUCAUA